AUGGAGGCCGUUGAUGCGGGCGUCCUGUUGGAGCUUCUGGACAACCACUCGGACAUCGACGCAACGGGGCUGAGCGCUCUGGCAUGCGCGUCCAAGUCCUUCGAAGCGGCCGUGAGGGUGGUGUGGCCGGACAAGGAGGAGGCUUACCGGGAGAGGAAGAGGGAGAGGGACACCGUCAGGGCGAAGGCCCUCCCGUUGCCGGACGAGUGCAUGGAGAUGUACCCGUGCGUGGACGAGGUGUGCACGUAUCACGCGACCUUCGGGCCGCGUGGCGAUCCGACGAUCGAAUUCGAGUGGAACCAGGAACUGUCGGAGUGGACGCGACACACCGCGCUGAUGCCUAGCGAGGUGGCCAAGCGGGAGUACUUUCUGGACACGGCGGACUUGAAGAUGCUGCAGCCGUACAGAGACGGGAAGGGGCCGCGGUACUUCAAGUUCGACGACGUCAUGGGCGCGGCGAUGCUCCGGCACGGCAGGAAGAGUCUCGCCGACAUGAUGGCCGCUCGCGCUUCCAGGAAGGGCGGCAAGGUGGAGCAGCGGGGGGAGCGCUGGAGGCUCGUGUGGGCGGAGGUCGCCCGCGUCGGGACGCCCGAAGACUACCUCACCAUGAGCGUAGUCCACACAUAUGCCAGGGACUACGUCCAGACGAAGAGGGGGGGCAUCCGGGGCUUCAGGAAGAGGCUCUGGCGCCACCGGAUCUUUUCGUUCCGAGUCAGCACGAGAGCCAAGACGACUCCGACUGCCUCGACCGGCUCCACCGCUAUGUUGGGGCGGAAGCGGGGUGCCUCUAUGGUCGAGAUAGACAUGGCGGAUACAUACUACUUCGAGCAAGGCAGCAGCGAGGAGAUUAUGCUCGCGUACGUGCUCACCGAGAAGGAGGAGUUCCUCGAAGACGCCAUCAGGGUCGUGCGGGGGAUGCGGGGUUUCGUUCUCUGA